AUGUCCGGCGCAAGGCAUUGGGAGCAAGACAAAGAGGCCACCGUCUACAUCGGAAACCUCGAUGAACGGGUCACAGAUAGCCUGGUAUGGGAGCUGAUGCUGCAGGCCGGGCGCAUCGUUAACGUUCACCUACCGAAAGAUCGAGUCACACAGUCGCAUCAAGGCUACGGAUUCGUGGAAUUCAUCAGCGAGGAAGAUGCUGAAUACGCGUCGCGAAUCAUGAACGGAAUCCGCUUGUAUGGAAAGCCCAUCCGCGUUAACAAAGCAUCGGCCGACAAGCAAAAGUCGGUGGAGAUUGGAGCAGAGCUUUUCGUCGGCAAUCUUGAUCCCAUGGUUACGGAACAAGUUCUUUAUGAUACGUUCAGCCGCUUUGGAAACUUGGUCAAUAUUCCCAAGAUUGCGCGAGAUGAUAACAAUCUGUCAAAGGGCUAUGGAUUUGUGUCUUUCGCCGACUUCGAGUCUUCAGACGCGGCCAUAACCAACAUGAACGGCCAAUAUCUUAUGAACAAGCAGGUCUCCGUGCAAUACGCCUAUAAGAAGGAUGGGAAAGGUGAACGCCACGGUGAUGAAGCAGAACGAAUGCUGGCAGCACAGGCUCGCAAACAUAACGUGCGCCCGCCGACCCAGCCGCUACCUCCUCAAUUCUCCAACCCAGGGACACCUAUGGUGCCUGCUGCGAUGGCCAAUGGUGACAGCUCUCGGCCAAUGAGUACUAAUCCACCGGACCUUAAUAUGGGCAGAGGCAUGGCUCCUCCGAAUGUACCGUUCCAAAACGUGCCUCCCCCACAAGUAAGCCGACCUGUUCCACCUCCUGCUUCUCUGGCGAACCCACCCCCCGGUUUACCAGCACGGCCGCCGCCUUCUCAGGCCGGAUAUGGGGGGCCGCAGUCUUUCCUCCCACCGGGAUUCAAUGGUGCUGGUCAACAACCUCCCUUCCCUCAAGCAGCACCUCCGCCAGGCUUCGCUCCCCCAGGGUUCGGUUCACCGGCAGGAACUCCUGGUCCUCCACCACCGUUGCCCCCGGGAUUCCAGCAACCUGGCUAUGGGCGCGGGCGCUGA